CACUCCUCCAGUGCCGACGGUAGAGAAAGAGCUUACUCCUGGGGCUUCCUCCUCACUGGGGAAUUGCUGGAAAGAGCAAACAAAAAGGCGCUGGUGUAGGCUCCAAAAUAAACACAUCUGAAUUCAUGAUGGCAUCGACAGAGGCUCUUAUUGGAUUAAAAGUUUCAAAACAAACAGUAACGCUAUGGAAAAAGGGUUGAAUGCCUGCCUGUACCCAUCAGGCACGAUCAUGGAGAAAGGUGGGAACAUACAGUUAGAGAUCCCUGACUUCAGCAACUCUGUCCUGAGCCAUCUCAACCAGCUACGCAUGCAGGGCCGUCUCUGUGAUAUUGUGGUCAAUGUGCAAGGACAAGCCUUUCGAGCUCAUAAAGUGGUACUGGCUGCCAGCUCCCCCUAUUUCCGGGAUCACAUGUCCUUGAAUGAGAUGAGUACUGUGUCCAUUUCAGUCAUCAAGAAUCCUACUGUUUUUGAACAGCUCCUUUCUUUUUGUUACACGGGACGGAUAUGCCUACAACUGGCAGAUAUCAUCAGCUAUUUGACAGCUGCCAGUUUUCUGCAGAUGCAGCAUAUUAUAGACAAAUGUACACAGAUCCUAGAGGGUAUUCAUUUCAAAAUUAAUGUGGCUGAGGUUGAAGCAGAAUUAAGUCAAACAAGGACCAAACAUCAGGAAAGACCUCCAGAGUCUCACAGGGUCACACCAAAUCUAAGCCACUCCCUCAGCCCUCGUCACAAUACCCCAAAAGGAAACCGACGAGGUCAGGUUAGUGCUGUGCUGGAUAUCAGAGAGCUCAGUCCUCCUGAGGAGUCCACCAGCUCUCAGAUAAUUGAGCAGAGUUCUGACGUGGAGGGCCGGGAGCCCAUUCUUCGGAUUAACCGAGCAGGACAAUGGUAUGUGGAGACAGGAGUAGCAGACCGAGGGGCCCGGAGUGAUGAUGAGGUGAGGGUGCUUGGAGCAGUUCAUAUCAAAACAGAAAAUCUGGAGGAGUGGCUUGGACCUGAGAAUCAGCCCUCCGGAGAAGAUGGGAGUAGUGCAGAGGAAGUCACAGCCAUGGUGAUUGACACCACGGGCCAUGGUCCAGUAGGUCAGGAAAGCUACACUUUAGGGUCUUCAGGAGCCAAGGUGGCUCGACCAACAAGCAGUGAAGUUGACAUAGAAGAGUCAGCAGCGAAGGGAGUAAAUGGGUACGUGGAGUAUCUCCGAGAGCAGGAAGUCUCUGAACGGUGGUUCCGGUACAACCCCAGUCUCACCUGCAUCUACUGCGCCAAAUCUUUCAACCAAAAGGGGAGCCUGGACCGUCACUUGCGCCUGCAUAUGGGGAUCACGCCAUUCGUCUGCUGCAUGUGUGGCAAGAAGUAUACCCGGAAAGAUCAGCUGGAGUAUCAUAUCUGCAAGCACACAGGCAACAAGCCCUUUCACUGUCAUGUUUGUGGUAAAAGUUUCCCCUUCCAGGCCAUCUUGAAUCAGCACUUCCGCAAAAACCAACCGGGCUGUAUACCCCUGGAAGGGCCUCACAGCAUCUCCCCUGAAACAACUGUCACAUCACGAGGCCAGGCCGAGGAAGAGUCACCCUCACAGGAAGAGACAGUUGCUCCCGGGGAAACUGCCCAGGGCUCUGUGUCCACUACUGGGCCGGAUUGAAACAUUGAGGGGGAGGGGGCAGACCCUCUUCCCCUCUGGGCCGUAAGCAGCCAGCAUCAGGGCCAUGGGCUGGUACUUAGAUUCACAAAAUGCCACAUCCCUAGACCAGAAGAUGCUCCCAGGAUGUUGCCAAACUAGAAAAUCAGCAACAUACACAAAAGCACUAAAGGCUCUUUCCCUC